UCGAAAUUGAAAAGAAACCAAGUCAAUGUCUCCAGGUUGACCCCUAUCUUUGCCUAUUUAUGACAACAUUUUGCACUAAAAAUUAGCAAGAACUGUAAUGAACGAAUCUGUUGAAGAUGGGGGAUGGCUUGAUACAACCUAUUUGCAGAGUAAAGUUGUCAAUUACGUUGAUAAUUUGAUGUCAAAUGUGAUUGAUGUUGAAACACUGCACCAUCCUGAAGUCAUUUUCCAGUUGAAAAUCCUUGUGGUUCUUUUGGCCUGUCUGAUCACCAUUAUUGUACUGAUUUGCAUUUCAUGGAGCGUGUAUGGGGGACGGAUUUCAAAUAUGUUCAUGGGCCAAACUGACAACCAGGAAUCAUCAGAGAAUAAAUCACAUGUGAACCAUGAGACGACGAAUAAAGUGAAUGAUCAGCAUCUGCAUCGAGAGUGAUUGGAAUUUCUGCCAAAAUCAUUUAAAUUAUGGACAGAUUAUAGAAUUAUUGCAAAAUACUUGGAGAAUCCAUGGUGUCCAGUGAAAUUUAACUGGUGAACAUUUAAUUUACUCAAAGUGAAAAUUAAAAUCGGAAUCUAUUUGAUGCAUAUCAUUGCUUGGUGAUUUUGCAUAAACUUUGAUUACUGUAUUUGUGGUAUUGUUCAAUCUACGAAUUCAGCAGGAUGGCGGCAAUCAAGCGAUUCUUUGAGAAAAAGAAACUGGACAUAAAAUUCAAGAAAGCGGGGGGAGCUCAUUCCCUCACUGAAGAGAAGAAACCAACGGUUCAGGCGUCAAGUAGUAAAGCUCUAGUGCGGGUGGCCCCUGCUGCAUCUGCUCAGAGGGCUGGGGAGGCUGCUUUGGAAAGGUUCACACAGCCACCGAAAACCUCUAGACCGAAAACUAGUAGCUAUUCUUCCCAAGAAGCUGAAGUGCGCAGGCAGAUAGAGAGUGAGCAGAAUGCUUCAGCUCAGAUGCAGGCAGCAGCUGCUGCUUUGGCGGGGCCCAAGGAGGUUUAUAACGAAAGUGCACCAGUGCUACAGUGUCAAGGUGUUUUCUUCAAGUGUCCAAUGGUGGGUCCAGAAGUCCUGACUAAGUCAGAAAUGGAGGCAAAAAUUCAUGAAUUUCUUCUUUUACAACUGGCAGAGGUUCCUGACAUGGCAUCUGCUCUCAUGAUCCACACCCUGAACAAAAAUAAGGACAAGGUGCGCGUCUGUAUAGAAACACUGUGUAAAUACCUAGAUAACCUCAUUGCAAACCCAAGCGAAGAAAAGUUCCGUAAAAUUCGGAUUGGGAAUAAGAUAUUUCAGGAGCGUGUCGAAGGCAUGGAGGGAACAGAAGAAUUCCUGCAGUCAAUUGGAUUCGUUCGCAAAGUAUUACCAUUUCAAGAUGCAGAAUGUGAUUUUUAUGUGAUGGAUGAAGAAUUAGCCAACAAUAAAGAGAAGUUAAAAUCGGCGAAAGAACUUUUGCAGGAUGCUGAACCGAUUGUUCCAGAAUUAGAUCGAGGUUUGCGGGUGUUCUAUGGUAUAAGAAAUAUUCGUUUAGGCGCUUAUGAUCUUCCGCCAGAAUUUUACAACGUCAGUCCUGAGGAAUUGAAACGAGAGCAACAGAUUCGUACGGAGGCUGUUGAAAAGUUAGGCAUGUUGCGCACAAAGGCCAUGCGCGAGGCGGAUGAAAAAAGAGAACUGCGUCGUUACCGCUACACACUUUUGCGUGUUCGUUUUCCAGAUAACAUAAUCCUCCAGGGCACAUUCAGAGCCCAAGAGAAAUGUAGUGCCUUGUUUGAAUUUGUGAGAGAACACCUCGAUAGAGAUUGGGUACCAUUUCAUUUGGCAGCUCCAACGGGGCAUAAAUUAGCAGCUGAUGAUAAGACCAUGGCCGAGUUAGGCCUUGCCCCGGCUGCAGUGAUAUCUUUUUCAUGGGAUGCCGACGUCCUAGCUGAGAUAACCGCACAGAUAGGAUCGUCUCAGACACCUAAGUAUCUAAAAGAUGAGGUACUGGCCCAAGUUGAAGAUAUCUCUACUGCCUAACCUUGUAGAAAUGAUGUCCAAAUUCGUAGUUCAAAUGUAGAUAGAGCGUAUUUGAUUUUGGAAUCCCCACUACAAAAUCAAACAGAAUAGAAUAUCAUCACAUAGUGCUGCGAACAUCAAAAUGUCAACCAGUGUACACCAUUAACACCCUGUAUGUGCAAUGAGCAGUUAUACUACAGUAUAUAGCGGUGACAUUCUAAAACAAUGUCUAUUGCAGGCGGGUGUGGAUCUUUCAACCGCAUUGAAAAAAAUUGGAAAGAUUGCUUAUGAUCCACAGGUAUACAUGUACAUGUAUCAAGAGUUUAUAAAGUAUUUUUAUCCUUGACGUAACUACAACAGUAACAGCAAUUGGUAGAGGUAUUUUUCAUUCAUCUAAAAAGUGUUUCAUUCCUUUUGGUUUAUUGUAAGAUUGCUAAGUUAUUGGAGGCAUGUUUUCUUUCUUUGGUUCAAGCUCAGUGAAAUUGAAUGGAUACUAAAUUGUAUACCAUUCGACUGUUUCAGGGCUGAUGAUAGACUGGAGCUUGUGGGGCCAGUUUGUUGUCACUAGGUGACAUUUUUAUACACAGUUAUCAAAUGUAGUGCUUACUGCUAGUCUAAAUAGUACUGAUAUACUGUGACAUAGUAGAAGCACCUAUUGGCAACUUGGUGUAUCUUAAUCUGGCCCACAAGGUUCUUGCCCAUGGAUCAGUCCUAUGACCUAUUCGUGACAUGAGUGAAUAUUAUAAUUGUUACAUGUAAUUAUUUAUGUGGGAACUUGAUUGUUGCUGAUAGUAUUUAACUUAAUUGUGCGCUUAUUACAGCCCCAUUCACUGGCCUUAUCAGGUUUUGUCCAGUCCUGAUAUUGACCCAUUGCCAUUACAAAAACACUUCAUCCUUUGUAUUGCUGAAUCAUUGUUAUUUCUAAGGCUAUUGGGUUAUUUGGUAAGGUAGAGCCAGUGAAUGGAGGUGACCAGAAAUGUAGCUACGUAUGAUGUACUUUAUUUGUUGUUGAUGUCGAAAUAAUAAACUAUUAUGAUUGGCUGG